AUGCCGCCCAUGUAUGCCUUCGCAUCAGCACGCCUUACACGGCUUCUGUCUCGUACUCUCCAGUGCAACUCCGAGAGGCGUCGCGACAAUGGCAAUGAUAUCGAUGAAUUAAUUCAAGACCUUUACGGGUGGUGGGAGACCCUGCCUCAGCACCUGACCAUACCUGCAGCAGCAAUCCCGCCAUCAUUGUUGCGCGCCACGCUGUACUUGCGGUUGAGAUACCAUCGCAUCAUCGUCCUAUUGACUCAAUCGUACCUGUUUAAUGCUACCUUUUCCGGGUCCGAAGCCAACCAUCGAAUGAACAUCUGCGAGGAGAGCAACAACAAGACUAUUGCGAUACUUGUCGAGAUGCACGAAAAGGAUGUACUUACCAACCACUUCUGGUUUGAUUCGUACCAUGCAGUAACCUGCGGGCUGGUCCUUCUGAUCCGAAUCAUCAAGAAUCCAGCAUCUGUCGAUUUGCGAGACAAGGUGGUAAAGAUGAGGAACCUACUUCGAAUAUUUCCGGACAGAUUGCACGCUUUUGCCGUCCAGUGCUUUGACAAAGUGCUCGAAGACAUUGAGCACCACCAGCCGGAAACGACGACGUUUGACAACAUUAUCAUUCCUUUCGAAACAGGAUUACCCAAUCUGGACUUGUGGGAACAGUUGGGAUUCUCUGAGUCUAACUUCGAUUUCAAUCUCUAG